GCGAUGUUUGACGGUUAAGCGCUCCUGAAGAAAAAGGACUUGACACACAUGUCAACAAAUAAGAUAAAUUAAUACUAGCUAGCAACACAGCAGCGUCUGGUCUCCCAUCCAGGACCAAACCUACUUAACCUCAGAGGAAAGCCAGCAGAGGGAUGCAGGGUGGCAUGCCAAGGUGUGCCAGUGUAGAAUAGGCUGACCCCUCGCUGCACCUAUAGGUCCUCUGCUGUCUCCAUGACCACCCCUCCCAUAGUGGCGUUCGCCGGGCAGCAGGCUCAGGCUGCCCGCGAUGUCAACACGGCGUCGCUCUGUCGCAUCGGCCAGGAGACGGUGCAGGAUAUCGUCUUACGCACCAUGGAGAUCUUCCAGCUGUUGAGGAACAUGCAGCUGCCAAAUGGAGUGACGUACCACCCCAGCACCCACCAGGACAGGCUGGGCAAACUGCAGGAGCACCUGCGUAUGCUCUCUGUACUCUUCCGCAAGCUGCGCCUCGUCUACGACAAAUGCAACGAAAACUGCACCGGUCUGGACACCGUACCCCCAGAGCAACUCAUCCCCUACGUGGAGGACGACAGCUCCAAAAACGAUGAACGCUUGGCCAGCCAGGCCCGCCCGGCAACAGAGGAGAGGAGAGAAAUCCUGGAGGUUAACAAGAAGCUCAAACAGAAGAACCAACAGCUGAAGCAGAUAAUGGACCAGCUCAGAAACCUCAUCUGGGAGAUAAACUCCAUGCUGGCUGUUAGGAGUUGAACGGCAAACACGGCGACACACACACACACAGGCGCACACACACAGGCGCACACACACACACACACACACACACACACACACACACACACACACACACACACACACACACACACACACACACACACACACACACACACACACACACACACACACACACACACACACACACACACACACACACACACACACACACACACACACACACACACACACACACACACCACAGACUGGAAGACAUGGUUGUUAACUGGAUAUCUGACAGGGUCCCUUUGAGGCUGAUGUUGACGCUGCACUUUAGAAAUGCAGGCUUUUGCAAUAUACCACCCUCAGUCCCAGAAAAAGGAGGGGGAAGAAAGCAAAGAAGAACAAAGAGAAGUUGUGCGAUGGAGAAAUGCUGAUAUACACUCACCGUACAGUUUAUUAGGUACACCCAUUUAGUAACAGGUCGGACCCUCCUUUGCCUCCAGAACAGCCUGAAUUCUUUGGCGUAUUCUACAAGUUGUCGGGAAACGUUCCACAGGGAUGUUGGUACAUGCUAACGCGAUGGCAUCAUGCAGUUGCUGCUGAUUGAAUGGCGGUACAUUCAUUGUACAUAAUAAACUGCCCGAUGAGUGUAGUUGUCGCUUACAAUAUGGUUAUUAAGAGGACUUUCAGAGUUAUAGUUUAUUUAAUAUCCUAAGAUUUUUGACAAAUACUACAUUUACCCAUUUAGAGGAGUUUUGAAGUUCGAUUUCCUUCAAGAUGUGUUUAUACAUUCCUAAACCAUUUGAACUAAAAUGACAUACAGGAUGACAUGUUUGUGGUGAAGAAGAGUACAGAUCUGUGCAAAAAUACCAUAAAACUAAUCAUAAGGCACAUUGUUGAAACCAAGUUUCAAAUUAAAUCACUGCUAGACUGAGGUUUCCAAUUUUUCCCCCGCACAUAGAUCUUCUCUUUUGCACCAUGAAAAUGGUACAGUGUAGUGAAAUGAAAGAGUUUUGUGUUUUGCUUCUGCUUUUCAUGUGUGGUUGGCUGCUUGAUGUAGAAGUGUCAAUGCAGUAUCCUCUGGACUUUAUGAUUAUCACAAUGUCUGGUUAACUAGGAGUUCUAUGGCGCUAUAAAACCUGCUGUGGUUUAGACCAACACGGUUUCUUUCUGUUCUAUUUUCAUAUCUGUGGGGCUCACUGCUCACGAGAACAGCCUGAUCAAGUAGGGACGUCCGUAUGUGGUCUUUUUGGAUUGUCCCCAGGCUUUAAACACUUUUUAUUUUAUUUUUUAUUACAGGCAGAAACAGUGCCAGCCCAGCCAAUACGAGACAUAAGCAGCUGAUUAGGGCGCUAGGGGCCCCCGACCCUUGGAUUGAAUCCCUGUGUUAUGAUACUGAUGAUUUAACGGGAUAGAUGGUUUGUUUACAUAGCUGAUGGUUUCGACGGUUGGGGCUCGAUGGAAUCGGUGAAGCUCCGCCUCAAGGGCAGAACUAACUUGACUGGUUGGAUGAAAGCUCAGUGGGUGGAGUUUUCAGGGGGUAAAUCCUGUUGCCAUUUCAAAUCCCGAUUGCGACUUUUGUUUUCCAACCUUACCUGAAGUUCUUAACUAAUGACAUUUCUAAUCCAUUGACUUAAGUUUCUGACUGAACAGUUUUAAAUAUGUGAAAAUACCAGAGCAGUGGAUUGGGCAAUGGGGUAGGGACCAGAAGGUCAUAGGUUUGAAUCUUUCCGAUCAAUGGCCUUUUCUCAAAGGUUUAUUGUUGCCUUUCCCUAGCAGGGGAUUCUCACCCUCAACACCCAAACCAUCUUUUAACUCUUGCUAGCGGGGUUGGAGAAUAUUCUCUAAUGUCUUCGAUUGGGAUUUCAAUUUGAUGGGUGAAUCUCAUUUGUUGCUCUCUGAUUCCUAUCUCCUUGCCUCCUCAAAAUGCACUAGAGGUGAAUAUACAAGGGAAGGAACUGCAGAUAUUCAAGGAAAUACAAUGAGAUUCACGCCGACCCGUUCCCAAAAUAUUGUUGUUCAAGUUAAUAUCGCAAACUUGCCAAAUCAAAAAUAUAAAACGUAUAAUCAAGGAGAUUUGAUGAACAAAAUAAAUGAAUAACCCAGUGUGCUAGUGCAUGGUGCCUGCUACAUCAGGGAUGUGGCUUUGAUGCCUAUAAGAGACGCAUAAAUGCUUGGGCAUAGCCAAAGGUUGAUCACACAAAUUAACCAUGAAUAGGCAAGGAGAUCACAAUUCAAAGGUUUAGGAGGCAAGUUUCAGGCAAAAUAAAGGAUUUUAAUUAUAAACAGUAAUGACAAACUCUGCGUGGAAGAGCUCUCAGUGCAGGCCAGGUGCUGCCUAUUUAAACCAUAAUUAGGACAGGUGACCUGUAGAGCAGGGGGUUCUGGGCCUUGUAGUCUUUACCAUGAUGGCCAUCUUAAGGCAGACGCCCUGUGGAUCCCAGAUAGCAUGGACCAUCGGUGGAGGGGCUUGUCACAUCACGUAAGUGUGUGGUAGUGCAACAACAUGAGACAGCGGCUUUAAGCAAUUAAAAUAGUACUUUAAUAAGAAUGUUAUACAUGGUUACAGAGAAUAGAAACUGUAAAAAGCAUGACAAAAACUACUCGUCAGGAAUAUGGGGUAGGUAGCCCAGGUACUCUUCUUACAGUCACUCAAUAAACCCAUGUCACAUUUUUUAGAUGGCUGUCUAGACUAACUUGCUUAGCAAUCUAAACAUCAUGGCCAAAUUACCAACCAGGGAACGUGCCCAGGAGCCUUGACCUCCAGGAGGCCUCCAUUGAUUUUGUUAGUCACGCAGAUGGCAUAAGUCAUGGUAAAAUGUAUAGAAUUGCAGGAAAUUAGCUCGUAAACGGCAAACUUUUCUAUCAAACCCAUGGCAAAACUGCACAUUUUCCUCUCCACAGCCAAGAGGGUGGCACUAAAAAGUUGCCAACAAGGUUGUUUUGUUUUGCCCAUAAGGCUAGGGACGGCCCUGGGCGGAAAGGAGGAGACUGGGGCCGACAACAGAGAAAGGGCCAUCAGGUCUCGGAUAUUAAUAUCAAUAUCAGCUUCAGAUACGAUUCCGAUAAAUAAUUUAGAAGCUGGUUUGGGUCGUAUCCAAGUUGUGUUAUGAGGUUAUUGUCCACAGGGAGAUGGUAGAGGACAUAGUAUGCAUUCCAAAUGGCACCCUGUUCCCGAUAUAGUGCACAACCCUUUUGGCCAGAGCCUAUGGGUCUCCGGUCAAAAACAGUGCACUAUGUAGGGAAUAUGGUGCCAUUUGGGAUGCUCUUCCACAAAGUAAAAAUCAAUCGCUGGAUAGUGGAUCAUAAUUUCUCUUGAAUGGUAUAAUUCCAACCUGGUUAUGGUUGAGGACAAUGGUGAAGGACUAUAAUUGAAUGGUACACAAGGAAUACAUUCUCAUUCAGUUGAAAGUACAGUAUAUUGAUUUGUCUGUUUAUUGUAAUAAUGGGCCUCCUUGUUUCUGCACCAUUCAAAACAAAUCAUUUGCCGACAUUAUUAUGCUUACGUUAAACAGCAGGCUACACCUCGCAUCAAAGCAAUGAAGACACACUCACGCAUCUAUGAUCAAAUGUAUUUUUUUUAAUAUAAAUCAAUUCUUACAAAAUCUUCAUUUUUCUAUUUCAUUUAUUACCCCUAUAAAAUUAAUUUGUUAAUUACAAGGUAGGAGGGAGGAAGGCAUCAGGACAGCUGGAAAUUAAGUCAUUAAAAAUAGCUUGUCUGUUUGUGAUACAGUUAAGUACUGAUAAAUAAUUCCAUAGAAAAAGUGGUCAUGCAGGCGCGUUGUUGGUCGUCAACACAGUUUGGUAUCCAACAGAGAACCGAGGUGUCGUGGAUGAAACAGAGUGGUGAUGAAACUCCAGUGUAUGUCGAGAUUACCGAGACCCCUAUAUGGUGCUCCUCUUCUGACUGACUAAUGGUCAAAAUGGCAGUGUGUGUGUUAUCAUGAGCUCACAAACCAACGUUUUAUUUUAAAAAAAAGGCACAAUCAAGGACAGUAACCAUCCUGCACAUCCAACCAACCACACUGAUAGAGGCCAUGCAUUGUUAAACCAUUAGAAUGUCUGGUAUCCGACGGCAUCGUGGAAGGAUAUGUUUAACUGAGACAUCUAGUGUUGUAUUACAAAGUCAUAUGUCUAUUUCAUUCAACAUUACCAUUUUGAGUUGACUAUAUUUGUACCAGAUAUGGUCAGAGAGUUGCCAGUUUCCCCAGAAGCAUCAACGAGUAUGCAGACGUGGACAGUGACAAACAUUACAGUGGAUCUGAGAAGACACACAUUACAGCAAACAAAAGAAAAUCCUCGAUCUGUUACAAGAGACCCAGCUACAUAUUGGUUUCCAAAUAGUCUUUGGUUGCUUUUGCAAUACAGUUCACAGAAUCUAAAUGCUCACAGCAAAUCUAAUUCUAGAUUAUUGGUAGCAUCUCGUCUCCAUGGCGAUUCUGAAUUAAAUUACAUGGAAACUGUAUUUCUAUAACGGUUGCAAUUGCUCUACGUAGGGAUGUUUUUAUUUAGUGGAAAUGAAAAAAUAUAUAUUGACAACAAUGUGAAAAAAAUAAAUGUUCAACUUACAAAAUCUGAAUAUUUUUGCUCAUCAACUGUUCCCUCAGCCGAGAAAUCCUGUUAUUUUCCCCUGUCAUUUCAUACUAUACACUGUCUGGCUUUGUUCACAUAUGAAAAUAAAUAUACAUGUUUAUGUACAGAAAUGA